AUGGCACAGACAAGUACUGUUUCAUCACUUUGUUUCCGCAUGUUGAUGUUAGCCAUUUUGUCUCUUCACUGCGCCAAGGCUACCCCGUCGGUGCCGGCCAUAUUCAUAUUUGGGGACUCAACCUUCGAUGUUGGGACUAAUAAUUUCUUAAAUGAUAGCCAAGCAAAGGCGAAUUUCCCUUACAAUGGGAUUGAUUUUCCUUAUUCUGAGCCUACUGGUAGGUUCAGCAAUGGCUACAACAGCGCAGACCAGAUUGUGAAGCAGUUUGGCUACAAAAGGAGUCCGCCUUCGUUUUUCUCCCUUCUCAACCGUAGUUUCAGUUUCAAGAAGAGAAUACUCAAAGGUGUUAACUUUGCAUCAGGAGGAUCUGGGAUUCUUGACUCAACAGGGCUCCAAGCGUUUGUGAUUCCAUUGAGAGAACAGAUAGAACAAUUUUCCACAGUUCGUGACAACAUCACAGCGUUACUUGGUCAAGAGAACACUGCUAUGAUGCUUUCUAAAUCACUGUUUCUCAUUAGUGUUGGAAGCAAUGACAUCUUCGAUUACCAACGUAGGAGUGCUAACACAAGUACUAAUCUGACUGCCCAAGAGUUCCUGGACGCUCUUCGGGAAGCAUAUCAGAAUCAUCUACAGAAACUGUAUGAUUUGGAUGCUCGAAAAUUCGGUAUUGUGAGUAUCCCACCAAUUGGCUGCUGUCCGUUUCAACGUUUCAUUGGAAAAACUGGGGAUUGCGUAAAGGAAUUGAAUGAUUUGGCUCAGUCAUUCUACAAUGCCACUGAAACCACGUUAACCAAAAUGAGCUCUCAAGUUGUAGGGAUGAAGUACUCACUCGGAAAUGCUUAUGCAAUGACGUCGGACAUCAUAGAUAACCCAUUUGUUUUUGGUUUGAAGGAGGUGAAACAAGCAUGCUGUGGGAAUGGAAACUUCCCAUGUAAUGCAAGUGCAAGCCUUUGUCCUGAUCGCCAAGAGUACUUGUUCUGGGACCAGUUCCACCCAACUGAGGCUGCUUCUCGAUUGGCAGCUCUAACCCUCUUAGGUGGAGAACUAAGAUAUGUAACACCCAUGAAUUUUAGUCAAUUGGUGCAGACUAAUUAA